CGGGUCACGGAGUCGAUAAACUUGACGAGGAAAAAUUGCAAUUUCAAUGGUAAUCAUCGCCUCAUGGCGGGUAACUGUUUAAUUAGGAAGAGCACAGAGGGCUGGUGAAGUAGAGGAGAGCAAUGAGUGCAAAAAAGCCGCCACCCCGACCACCCUUACCACGAACAACGACCGCGAGAAGUGGCCAGCCAACCGGAGUAGCUCCUGAAAGAUCGAUUCGAAAUGCAUUUGCUUCGAUCUCUAUUCGUUACAGUUCUAGCAAUAAGGAGUUAGAUUCUGACGAAGAAAUAUCCAUCGAACGUAAAGGAAACAGAGAGAGCCAUGAUAGAAACGAUCCCCGACUGCGAAUCGAAGGUGAAAAUGAAGAGGAUGGUUUCUGUAAAGUGACAGUGGAAGAUUACGAACAGCUUGAGAGCGUCGACCCUUCUCGUCAGGAAGUUGACAAACAUACUGAAGCGAUUUCAAAUGCGAAAAAGAGCUCGUCGGAAGCUGGCUUGAAAUUAGCUAGUAAGAGCCACUCUACUCAAGAGCUGAGAGCGACCUCAGAAAAGCGGUCGAUAGUUCAGAAACAAAGUACGUGGCCGAGUUAUUUGCGAUCAGAAGACUCUGAUUCGGUCAUAAUGAAGUUCCUGCGUGGUCGAGGAGAUCAGGGAAACGAACCGAAGUCUGAACCCGCAAAAGAAGGCCUUUCGCUUCCAGAACAAGAGAUAAAAGAGGAAAACGAUGUCGGAUCGAUUCCCUCCAAAACUCAUGUUGAUGAAGAUUUACAAAGCAAAUUAACAGUGGACAGACCAAGAUCUAGGUCUCCGUCACCUUUUCGUCGUAAAUUGAAUCGAGAUCGUCAAGAUGAAAACACCCGUGGAGGUGCCGAACAGGAAAAGCCGAAAAGCUCAGCUGGCAUUUCUUUAUCAUCUCUGUUGGCGAGUUUAGCGAAAGAUGAAGCGCACGUUGAGCCUGAAGAAAUUGUUUCGGAUACCGAAGAAAAUGAAAGUAGCGCAGACAUAAACUCUGAAAUUCAAUCUUCUUCAGACUUGUCUUUCAAUUUAAACCAUUUUAAGGAGACCAGAAACACAAAAGCUGGUAGUGAUGUACGACAUUUACCGCACCCUACGGUAGACAAAUCCCCUCAUUUCGCCAAUUUUUGUUUUUGCUCUUUAAUAGUUUAUAUCUACUUCAUCACAUCGUCUCCUCCGUUUAUGUCUGGGGUAGUGCUUGGAGGUUUACUGACAUAUUUAGGGGGAUGUGCAUUUCUUUGGCUAUUUUGUCCAGUGGACUCCAUUGCUGAACGAUACGAAAAAGAACUAAUGGAAUAUGAACAAAGACUAGCAAGAAUCCCCACGCUUGAUUACAAAUCUACUGAUCCUGGGUUACUUUUAGAGAGAAACAAAUUAGAGGGCUGGAUGUUUAAGUCAUUUGAUUACAUCCCAGACAAGUUCGAAUUCAGUGCCGAGACUAUUCCAGUCUUUGCCUCCUUAAAUGGAACAAACUUAAAACUGUCACAUCCUCAUGUGGAAGAUUCUGGAAAGAAGUUUGACCCGCGAUCCAUUGAAGAGGGAGCAAGUGUAUCAUUCUCAAAGCAUGAACACUAUGAUUUAACUGGAAGCAAAGUUUCACUUUUACCAGCAUCAAUGACAAUGAAGAAAGUAUGGAGUCGAAAGUUUCCAAUCUGCCUUGCUCUUGAAAAGCUAGGGACACAUUCUGAAGAUAUCUCUUGUUUUAGCAAAAGUGCUGAUGAAGAAAGUGGUGCAAAGGAGAGCAUCAAAAUCAAGGAACAAGAUUCUUUAGAUGAUGUUGGUGUACUUUACUUAUUUGCAAGGACUGGUAGGGAGAAAGAAGAUUGGUAUAAUCACCUGUGCAGACUUCUUAAUGACAAUUCUGGAAACUCUUCUGACCUGGAGACCCCGCCAUUGUGUUCAUAUCCCCAAUACAUGGCUAAACUCAUUGCUCAGCCUUCCCAACAGUCAGAAAUUGCAUGGGUUAAUGUCAUGUUUGGGAGAGUAUUUUGGGAUGUAUGGCAUGACAAGUAUUGGACUAACAAGAUCAAGGAACGCUUUGAAAACAAGCUUGCCAAGAUGAAGAAACCCUCCUUCAUCCGGGACAUCUCAAUUUCUGAUCUUAACCUUGGCCAGAGUCUUCCAGUUAUAACAAAGACAUCUUCUCCGAAGGUUGAGCAUGAUGGUACAUGGGUUGAUUUAGAAGUGACUUACAAUGGAGGCUUGAUCCUUACUUUUGAAGGCCAUUUAAAUAUAGAAGGGUACUUGAGUUACUUUUUAAGCCUUGGAAACAGUGAGCAUGCAGAGCUUGAAAUGGCAGAGCUGUCUAGGAAAUAUGAAAAUCUUGACAAAGAAAGUUUGGGCGCAGCUGAACUUGAUAAUGACUCAGGAUCUGAGAGUCCACCUGACAGUGACUCUGACUUUGAAUCACCAGAAUCUGACUUUGAAGAGUUUAUGAUCAAGCCUCUUGGAACUGUGCAGAGUGGAAGAGAGAAGCUGGAAGAUAUUCCUCAGAGUGAAAGCUCUGACUCCUUCACCUUGAGCAGUUUUGAUGGUGAUGAAGAGCUUCUGGAAAGCAAGGAUCCUUUAUCUCUGAGUAAUGCAACUGAUGCAGAAGAAGGAAAUUCUUCUUUGGAAAAGAGCACUCAACCAAGAAGGAGACAACUGUCUUCUCAGAAACAGAGUUCAAGUGAGGAACUAUCAGAUAAAGGCUUGCUCACUGAAGUUCUUCCUGAGAAGACAUCAGAAAGUGCCCCUAGUACUCCAAUGAAAAAACAUUUAGGUCUUUCUACUAAGAAUGGACCAAAGCGCAAAAUCUUCAGUGUAAUUGAACGGCUGGCAAAAUCUAAGUGGGUGAAGAAGGCAGCGGAGACUGGCAUUGUCAAGAGAGCAGCUGAGAGGUUUUCUAAUCUGCCAAUUAUUUUGUCAGUGGAGGUAUUAACAGUCAAAGGAACUCUUGCACUGAACAUUCCCCCACCUCCUACAAACAGGCUGUGGUAUGGUUUCCGGGGGAGUCCCAUGUUGUUUGUCUCUGCAAGACCAAAGCUUGGUGAACGUCAAGUCAAACUCACCCAUGUUACUGACUGGAUUGAAAAAAAGUUGAAACAAGAGUUUAAGAACAUGUUUGUCCUUCCCAACAUGGAAGAUCUUCCAAUUAGGCUCAUGAAUUCAGGACUAGAGGAACAGUUCCCGCAUUGGUGACUGACUGAUUACAGAGCUUGUAAAAUAUCACUGUUUUCAAGAGCAUUAAAAAAUGUCUCCUUUGAUUAAAACAAGAGCCACCUAGACACUGACAUGUCAAUGUUGCCCUUGGCGCA